UUUUUUUGUUUCUUUAGUCACCGACACAUUUCGAAGAAGAGCUGAGACAAACGCUUACAGAUGGUGAACCACAAUCGAUUGUCCGUCGCCUUUCUCCAGACUCAAGUUGAACAUCGUACGGUGAAGCACAGGGCUCCGAAACUUUCAGCAUCUCUGUUGCACCACAGAAAAGACUGAAUAAAAGACCUGAACUUCUUAAUGUUGGGAAGAAUGUGAAGCUGCUGAGCCCUCAACGCUCACUGGGCGAUGGCUGAUACCUGCUCUACUCCACGACCUGCUUUUUCUUCAGCUUUUGAUUUUCGACUGUUGUCUUCUCUUCUUCAGAAGAACGACUUCCACCAUUUCAUCCUUGGCAUUGUUCAGGCAGCACUGACACAGAUCACCAAUGCGCUCUUGGUGUCAGUGUCACAACUGGUACCUUAAUUGUUAAGAAUCUCCCGUCCGCACCGUCCUUCCCUGUGGUGAAGGUGUUCAGCACCCUCACUGCUGGAGAAUUGGUAAAGCCAUGUCGUUUCCUCCGUACAACCCCUAUUCCUCCAGGAAUAAAAAUCCCACCCAACGUCCCGAUCGUCCAAUCUAUAGUGAAGAGUCAGACAUGGACCACUGGAUGGCGCGGCACCGUAUGGAACCUGAUUCAGACUUUAUCUCUUCUUCAUCAUUUUCUGGAACUGGUAAAACUUCAGGAAGAACUAUCCCUCAAAUGUCAGGGCUGCCGAUGACUUACAGGCCUGAACAGAUGAUGGCCUGGUCAGAAAGGGACCUUGAAAGAUCACUUGUUGGCAGAACCAGAGAAGAAUUGGUGUCUCCGCAUUUAAGCCAUGGUUCUCGCUCUUUCUCCACUCAAAGAGACGAGUUUCCUUCCACCAGUAUAGAGUCGUAUGGUGAUAUGGGCACAGAUGGGGAGCAACGAGAUGACAGUGACAACAGCUCCUUGAGCUGGUUGCAGAUCUUGAAAAAGCCCACAGAGGAUACUCGUGUGAAAUUUCAUUCACCAGCUUCAUCCACCUAUCCCAGCAGCAAUGAUGACAGGUUUUUUGCAUCCAGCGAGAGACGGCAAAGUAACCAAUCUGUGUCCGGUUACAGACGUUAUGAAGACCCAAGUCCAAGCGAACCAGUGCAUCCUGAUGAGCCUUCUCAGUCGCAGAUUACGCCAGAGUUUGCCGCUAUCCUUCUUGAGAAAUUUGGACUUGAAAAAGAGGACUUGGAAUAUCUCCUGAUGUUCCCUGAAGAUGAGAUAAACUCUGAUAAUCUAGUUCUGAUCUUGAAGCAGAUUCGCCGCAUGAAGGAGAAGAGAGCUUCAACAGCGCCUGACUGUGACCCCGAGCCCUCCACAAGCUUCUGUGAGCCGGAGACACAUAGCAGCCCAGAAGUGCCAGAGCUUCACGAGGACGAUAUCUCUAGGGUUUUUAAACCUGCCAAGGUGAUUGACUAUGGGCAUACUGGGAGCUACACUGUGGUUGAGGAAACUAAAGUCACCAGUGGUGGGACUAAAAGCGUACUCGAUGGUUAUAGCAGCACCAGUUACAAAGAAUCGUUCAAAAAAAGUACGUCAGAGGUUGUCGCCUCAGGGAGGAGUCCUGUGACUCCCCGAAGCAGCAACCUAUCCAAGUUGCCACAAACGCAAUCAAACCAGGCUCCUCAAAAGGUCCACAUCCCUUUCAUUUCCCCAGAAGACGACAAAGCUUCACCUAAAAGGCCAGUGGCUCACCAAACCCCCACCUUUGUUCCUCCAAAGGCAGGAGCAGAUCCACCCAAACCACUACUGAGCCUAACAGUCCAGGCACCUCGGAUGUCCUUCACUCCCCUUGUUCUGCUAAAGAAAGAUGCAGAAACAAAGAAGAGACCAAAGUUUUCAAGUGCCAACUUCUUGAAAGGCAGUUCUCCGCAAGGGGAGGCGCAAGAUUCAAAGUCUAGCACUUCUUCAAGUGAAGGCGCAGAAGUUGGUUGUAAGCAAGAUAAUCGUACUGAUAAUCCUCGUAAAACUCACGAGCAGCAGCCAGAGGUUUUGAAAGAGCAGAGGAAAGAGAAGCUAGCAAAUGUUCCACAAAGCAAAGCUGCAACGGACACAACAAAGCGAACUAAACCGCCUGAGGAGUCGCGUCCUCUUGUCUCCAGGUCUCUCACCACUCCUCCAGCACAGGCAAACACAGAAGCAAAGAAGCAUUAUGGUUCGUCAAAGUCCGCGUACAGCAGCUCAACUCCGAAGGUGGCGAUCUUCAGGGGUCUGCCGUCAAGGUCGAUGAUCAACGACUACGCGUGCGUCGCACCGCCAGCCUUUCCACAUCGAUGCACUCUGUGUGACAGAAAAUUUGAGACCAUCAAGCAUUGGCUUUUCCACCUCGACUCCACCAUCCACCAUGAGAACCGCAGGCUCCUUCGGAGACAAUAUCCAGACUGGGAUGGUGAGAUACAAGACUGGAGAGCUAAAAGACCUGCCACCCAGCAAAGGAGUCGUUCUCGUUCCCACAGCGCCCAGCGCCGCUCGCGUUCUUCCUCCCGCAGCCCACAGCGCAGCCGCAAGAAGGGAAGAAAGGACAGCAGCAGCUCCCGCUCCCGCUCGCGCAGCCCUCGACGUCACCAUGACUCCAAGAGCAAGAAGACACACCAGAGUUACAGGUCCCGGUCUCGUUCCUCAAGUCCUCGGUACAAGUCCCGCUCAGCCCACCAUUACCGUUCACGAUCGAGGAGCCGCGAGAGAGAACAGAGAAAGAGAAGAGAGAGACGAUCGUCGUCGGAAAGAUCGACUCCUGAACGGAGGAGGUCGAUCAGCGCAGAGAGGCUGGCGAAGAGACUGCUGGAAGCAUCAGGCGUCCAGUCUCUGUCGAAGCAGUCGGACUUGGAGGCAGUGGUGAAAUCCAUGACCCCUUCUUUACUGGCUGAACUCAAAAAGCGGAAGUCGACAUCGCCAUCAUUUUUUGUUACAAAACCAGAUCCUAAGGAAACCGAGGACGAGCCGAACACGGUGAAGCUCAGAGGGAUUUUCAGCAAUCACUCGUACAACGACGUGUGGAACGCCAUGGAGUCGUUUGGGAAAAUCGAGUCAAUUGUUCUGUACAGAUCCAGACACGAGGCUACCGUCAUUUUCCAGGAGAAAGACGAUGCAGAGGUUCUUCGCAGCAUGGAGAGCUUCGACUUCAGAGGAGACACCAUCACCGUCGUCACUGAGGACUGUGUUUUCAUACCUCCUGGUUCCUCUUCUGCUUCUAAACAACAGAAGAAAUCAGACGACGCGGCUAAAGCAGAAACGUCUUCGGCUGCAAAGAAACAUAAAACGGAGGGAGACGGAUCAGGAAUUAAAACCAAAAAACCCAAAGAGUCGGAUGAGAAGCCUGAUGCUGCCGAGACCGAAAAACCUAAAAACGAUCAGCGAGACGUUUCUGCACAAGAAGAACGUCAGGAUGCAGGAGACGACUCUGAGGUGAAGCUGGAGUCGGAACCGGCUGAAGCGGAUCCAGGUGACGAUUAUCACCUGGACCCAGGAACCUCCCAGACGGUUGGAGAUCAGCUGAAGUCGCUGCUGCUGACAGAAACUUUCAAUUGUUUGACAAACGAAGAAAUAAAGUCGGCGACAGAAUUUCCUGAGGUGUUUCUGAUCAGUGACCUCCCAGACGCUGAAGCCUGCAGCUACACGGAGGCGGAGCUGACCGAGCGGCUCGCUCCGUUUGGGUUCAAACACAAAGUCGACACCAUUUACUGCCUUCCUCAGUCCGGCCUGGCUUUGGGCAUCAUGCCGAGCGGCGAAGAUCUACGAAACCUCCUGACGGAGACGUGGGACGGCGUUGCCUUUAGGGGGCAGCAGAUCCGCAUCAGGCCUGUUUGUGGCGGCUUCCCAAUGACGCCUUUCCAGUUUUAUUCUGCUCUGAUGAAACAGAUUCACCGUAACGUCAUAGACGACGGGUCCAGAACCGUCUUCUUCCAUGACGUCUCUCAAAGUGAAACCCAGGAGCUCAGAGAGUUUCUCAUGAGCGGCUUUGCGGUGAAAAACUUCCUGCCGCUUCUCAACAAGGUGUUUGUGGAAUUUGAGUCGAGCAACGACGCGGAUCUGCUGGGGCUGUCGUACAGCAAACAGGAAGCCGGUCGCUCUCACAAGCUGCUGAGGAUGAUGCCGGCGGACGCCAUCGGAGGUUCACGAGGGAAAUGUAACGUCCCACCAAACAGCAAGCCGCCAUUUUGGAUCACCAUGAAAACCGACCCGUUUAUCUUCCCGACGUUGUCUCAGUGGUUCGACGUCCCGAAUUAUAUCAAACUUAGAAAAGUUUCCUGCUUUACGGAAGUGGACGGUUGGAGCGCGGCGUCCUGCGCCAUCAUGCUGACCAACCUGCCCACCGCCGGCUACACGCAGGAGGACGUGGCCCGCCUGGCCUGGCCGUAUUUCCCAGAAAAGACGCUCAGAACGCUUUGCUCCAACGUGGUCGUCCUGCCUCUGCAGAGGAGGGCCUUUGUUUAUUUCAGCGAAUGGUCGACAUGCAACCGUUUCAUCAAAGAUCAUCUGAAUAAAGUUUUGAGCAUCAACGACUGCCAACUCAAAGCGUUCCUGGCCCUGAACAUGGAGCAUCACGGCGCCAGCGAGGCGAUGUUGUACAAAAAUGCGAUGAAAUGGAGUAACGCUCCGGUUUCCGACUCCGACCCCCUGGAGGAACGGCUGCUGUCUGUGGAAACCUUCGACGCGUCUCCAGAUGUCGUCACUGUGGUCAUGAAGGUGGUGGCGUCCGUCACUCCCUUCGUCAACUUCCUGCAUCUCGCCAACCGGAUCUACGUUGAGAUGUCCGACUCCGCUGCCGUCGCUCGAGUGGUGGAGAAAGUUUUCUUCCUGGACGAUUUAACUGAAGAUGAAAACUGGACGAAAGUUGGACGCAUCGAACCGUUGGUGACUCUACAACAGCGACUGCAGCUAACUGGAAACCUUCCCAUUGACCUCGAGACAUACUCGCAAUCUGUUAAGGCUGAUCGACAAGUGAGGCCGAAACCCAAACCUCCAAAAGAAGAAGGAGCUGCUGGUUCCAAGUCCAAGAAGACGGAACGUCCCAAGGACGGCGAGAAACCAGAGACUGCUGCUCCAAACGUAGCAGAGAUUCCUCAAGAGGAAGAUAAACCCACGGAGGGUGUAGUGGCACAGACGGACCAGCAGGUGUCAAAGACUGUAACUCCUGAGGUUCUGGUAGAAGAAACAUCAAGUGGAGAUCAGCGUGACGGUUCAGAAGUUUCUGGCCCAAUUCAAGACGAGAAAGACUCUUCCAACGUGUUUCCUGCAGCAGAACUCUCAGAGGAAGUGAAUUUAACUGAUGAUCAGUCCGUAACUGAAUCUGCAGUGGAAGACGUGAAAGAAAAAACAGAUGAUACUUCCACUCUGCCAGAGGAAAAGCCCAGAAGGAGCACAAGGAGCAAAGCAUCUAAAGCUGAGGAGAAGCAGGAGACGAUGGCGAGGAGAUAUACGACAAGAGCCAAAACCGUCAAAAUGGAACAAGAAGACGCACAAGAGACGACGGACACUACUAAUGUAACACCAGACGCUGCUGAGCAAGAGGCGACUGAGGAAGAUCAACCAGCGGUACAACAGAAACCGAAGAGAGGAAGACCAAAGAAAAACACCACAGCAACUAAAAAACAAAUGGCUGCCUUGACGAAGGAGAGUCUCGACCAAACUGUCAAAGAACUUGACAAAACAAACUCAACGACUUUGAAAAAAGAUGUGGCGAUGAGUGAAGAAAGAAGUGAAGCAAAAGAUGAACUCACCAAAAAGGAAAAAGAUGACAUGAUACCAUCUGGAGAACUGCUGGUGUCAGCGGAGCAGAGUCCAACUCAGUUAGUUGGUGGCGUUGCCAAUGCUGAAGGGUCCAAACAGGAAGUGGAGGAACCGAGUCCAAUUGAGGCUGCUAAUGAUGUGAAAGAAGAGGAAGAUCAACCAGUGGGUCAAUGGAAAGCAAGGAGAGGAAGAUCGAAGAAAAACACCACAGCAACUAAAAAACAAAUGGCCGCCUUGAAGAAGCAGAAUCUCAAUGAAACUGGCAAUGAAGAAGAACUUCAUGACGGGACAACCUCAGUCAGAAAUCAGGAAGCUGUAGCUUCUACAGAUGAUCAAGUUCAGGAGAUGAUGAUGAACAAAGAAGAAAGAAAUGAAGCAAAAGAUGAAAUCAGAGAAAAGGAAAGAGACGACGCGAUACCUUCUGGAGAACAGCUGGUCUCAGAGGAACAGAGUCUGACUCAGUUAGCUGCAGGCGUUAGCGAUGCUGAAGUAAUGAUGUCUGGUGUAAAAGGCUCCAAACAGGAAGAACCAGAGGAACCGAGUCCAAUUGAGGCUGCUAAUAAUGUGAAAGAUGCUGAAGAGGAACAGGAGGUUGAGGAAGAUCAACCAGCGGUACAACGGAAAACAAGGCGAGGAAGACCGAAGAAAAACACCAGAGCAACUAGAAAACAAAUGGCCGCCUUGAAGAAACAGAGUCUCUGCAGUCCAGUAGUUGAGGAAGAAUGUCCUGCAGGAGAACCUACUGAUGAUACAAACUCAACUGCUAGUAAAGAAGAUGGAGAGAAAACAGUGGAGAUGGCAGGAAAUGAGAAACAGGAGGAUCCUCAAUUUCAAGUUGUAGCUUCUAUCAAUGAUCAAGUUCAGGAGAUGAUGAGCAAAGAAAAAAGUGGAGCAAAGGAUGAAGUCAAAGCUGAGAAAGAAGACACAAUAACAACUGGUUACACAGAGGAACAGAGUCUGUUAGCUGAUGUUAGCAAUGAAGUAGCGUUAGCUGGUUCUAAUGGGUCAAAACAGGAAGUCUUGGAAGAACAGAGUCUCUCUCAGGCUGCUAAUGAUGUGACAGAUGCUAACGUAGCUUUAGUUCCAACAGAAGAUAUCAAACAGGAAAUCCUACAGCAACCAAGUCUGACUUUAGCUGAUGUUAGCGAUGCUAAAGUAGCAUUAACUGAUGGAAAGGAGAUCAAACAGGAAGUCUUGGAGCAGCAGAAUCUGAGUCUGUUAGCUGGUGGUGUUAGCGAUGCUGAAGUAGCAUUACCUGAUGGAAAGGAGAUCAAACAGGAAGUUGUAGAGGAAAAGUGUCUCCCUCAGUUAGCUGGUAGUGUUAGCGUUGCUGCAGUAGACUUUCCUGGUACAGAAGAGUACAAACAAGAAGUUUUGGAGGAACAGAGUCUGAGUCGAUUGCCAGACGAUGCAACAGAAGUCAGAGUGGAUUCAUCUGCUGCUGAACAGUCGGAAGAACACGUCUUAAGAGGAGAAAGUCUGACUCGGUUAGCUGAAGAUGUAAAUAUCACUAAUGAAGAUUUAUCUGAUGAGGAAAGAUCCAAAAAAAAGAUUUUAGAGGAGUUUUUAUCUCAAUUUAAUGAAGAUGUUGAGAAUUUACCUGCAGCAGAGGAAGAGAGUCUGACUGAGGCUGCUGAAGAUGCUAAAGGAGCAUUGGCUAGUAUGGAAGACUCCAAACAGGAAGUCUUAGAGGAACAGAGUUUGACUCUGUUAGCUGGUGUUAGCAAUGCUAACGAGGCUUUAGCUGGUUCAAAAGAGUCCAAGCAGGAAGUCGGAGUUGGCGAUUUAACACAUGCAGAUCCUGAAGGGACAAAACGGGACGUUUCAGAGGAACAGAGUCUGGAUCAGCUCACCUGUAAUUCAGAGGAUUUAUCUCCAGAAGAAUCUGUAGCCGGAUCAAAAGAAAUGACACCAGAACCUGAGACUAAAACCAGUCCUGGGUCCCGGGAGGAGAAGAUGGAGGACAAAGAUGGCUCCCUCCUGUCUGAGGCCGUGUUGGAUGGAAUUGAAGCGGAAAAUAAACCAGACGAAACCCCAAAAUCUGCUAAACGAAAACAUGAAGGCGCCACAGAUGAAACUGUGAACGUCGUAACAGCAGAAGAAGAAAUAAAGGAAAUAAAAGCUCCCAGAACCAGAGGCCGACCCAGAAAGAAGGCGAAGACGACUCCUGUGAGAAAAUCCACCAGAGGUCAAACAGUCAGCGCAGAACCCGAAUUGGAAGCAGAAGAAGAGAAGGAAUCGCUUUCUGCUGCUUCAAGCGACAUUCCGUCAGAGGUCCAAAAGGAUCCGGAGGAAACGGACAGCGGUUCUGUAGUUGGCAGACGGCGGAGCGAGCGGGUCGGACCUGGAGCAAAGAGAUGUCGAUCCCAGUCUCCGACUGUUGCUGCCAACGUCAAUCUGCCGCCGUUCGACCCGGAACGCCCUCUAGGUCAGGAGUUCACGGUCCAGAAACUGGCGUUUUUCUGUAACCUUUGCUCGGUUUUCUACCUCAACGAAGGCGCUGAGAAAGACCUGCACUGCUGCAGCAGAACCCACUACCACAACCUGCAGAAACAUUACCAGGAGCUCCAGCAGGAACCGUCAGAAAAUUCCCAGGGUUGGAUUUCUGACUGAAAACAACGAUGGAGAAAAAGUUUGUUUCAGUGAUGAAUGGAACAGAUCUGAUGACUGAACUUUGUACAUUUUUUUUUCCUUUUAUUGGUUUAAUUAAUAAAUGAAAUGCCCUCAAUAAUUUUCCUGUACAUUUUUAAUUGCUAGCUUUGUAACGCUUAUUUCCUACCUAAAAUAUUUUACUGCGCUAGAAUAAAGACCAAACUAACUUACGAUUAAAUCUAGAUAAAUCACUAGUGCUAACAUUCCCGUUUAUUUUCCCGCACUUGAAACAAUCUACCAGUGGAACUAGAAUUUUACUGUUUAUGGUAAAUAAUUUGCUGAAAAAUGUUAGUCUAUUUUCUACCAGAACAAUAGCCACUAAUGUUCACUGCAGUGGUUUAGAAGUAAACUUUUAUCUAACAGUCCUGAGUUUUAUUUGAUAUUUUAAACAAAAAGAUACAUUUAUAAUAAUACGUGCACUUGAUUGCAUAAACUUAUAAACUAAAAGUCAGGAAGAGAAAAAUAAUUUUUAGCUUUUUGGAGUGUGGACAGAUUUGGUUCUGAUCUGAUCUGGAUCAGGAAAAACUUUAAUCUGCAGGUGGAUUAAAAAACACUGGAUUUACCUUCACAUCCUUCCUCAGAUUAAUCAGAUGAAUGUUGUAAAAGUUUCUGGUAAUGAAUCUGAAAAACAGACAAACAGAAGCCGAGAUCAGAGUUUGGUAAAAAUGUUUCCACAGAAAAGUUCAACCAUUUUCAAGGAAACUGGAGAUAAAAACACAAAUGAACUAAAAACAUUGAAAUUUUCUGCAUUAUACAACAGAUAUAAAAUAAAUCAUGUUUUUAUUCUAACUGAUCAAAUUAUUUAAUAUUUAAAAAUUACAUCAGAUUAAAUUAUACAGUUGAGAUUUUGGUAUUUUAAGGACCAAAAUGACAAUAAUUUGUAUAAGUAGAAAACAUUUUUCCAAAUCAGUUUCUUUCAAUAAAAACCUGUGAAACUUUAUCUGCAGGUGUUUGUUUUUCAUUCAGUGGGGAGAAAAUCCAGACAUUUGACUCAAGCAAAAGUAGAAAUACUCCUAAAAGUAAAUGUAACUAGUUACUUCCCGACUCUGGCUGUGUGUAAAUAUCGUUUUCCAAUUUUUUCAGAUUUAAAUAUGAAGCACUUACAAGGAUUUUCUACAGCAGUCUUUUAAUGAUUUA